AUGAAGGAUUCUAACAACGGUGGGUUUGAAGCUGGGUACGACGAGGUUCCUUCUUCGGAUGACCCAAACAAGGGGAAUGUUCGUGUUUCAUUAAUGGAGACAUCCGAAUCUAAGAACAAAGAGGCGGGCGGGAACAACGGAGUACUGCAGAUCGUCAAGGUCUCUGGAACAGAAGAACAAAGCUCCAUGAACGUCACAACGGGCGAUCAUGGCAUUCGCAUGAGUGAUUCGAGCGAAAAAGAGUUUUACUCGUUGGGAAUGGGCGCAGUGGCUGAUGAUCAGUACAUGCGGAUCCUUCACUCUUGGCCUCCUCACCCCAAGACAAAGAAGAUCAAGAGUUUAAAACCAAAGGUGCAUGCUGCUUCUUCACCCAAAGCUCUAAAAUCUGGUACCUUCAAAAUUGGUGCGGCAAGUGGCAGCGGAGGCGAACACCAAUGUUGUUGCUGUUUCAAGAAAUUCCCGGCACUGAAGUCAUUGUGCGGGCACAUGAAGUUCCAUCCCCAGAGGAACUGGAAGGGGAUUCGGCCUUCUGAUCCGAAUACUAGUGCUUCCUCAUCUAAAUCAGAACCUAGAUCAGGUGCCCGAGAUCAAGAAGAAGACAAGGACUUCUUGGAUCUUUCAGCGGACCAUGAAGGAGAGCGAAAAGAAGGAAGUGGUGUUACUUCAACUAUAGAAACAGUGGGUAAUGAUAACUGUGAUCUGACUCGAUUCUUACCCAAGUGGCCCAGAACUGGUUUGAGAGGCGAAAAUAGUCUUGUAUUAAUCGAUCUACCAGCUCAGCCUCACAACACCCCAAUGACUUUACGUCUUGACCGAACUAUCCUGGCGUCUGAUCAUAUUCCGAUGUCUGCACUUCGGAAGCAAGAUCUAUCUGAUAAGCAAAAGCCUUUGAUCAGAAUUGAAGCUGUGUUGGACGAGACUCAUGAAUUCCUGUUUUCUGAACAUGUUGCCCGAAGGAGUCAGAAGAUCAUGAUGGAGUCGACCCAACAAAUGGAAAGUAAAAGCUAUUCUCGACUAAUGAUUGACCGUAAAGGGUCUAAUUGGGGGCAUGCAAGUAUAGCUGCGGAAGCAAGCAAAAGUUUCAGUGCUAGAGUUCCUUCAAAAAAGGCAACCGAAUGCAACUACGAAAAUGAGCACGAGUUAUUUGUAGAUCUCAAGCAACCGAAUCGCAACAUUGAGGGAAAUGAUCAGGAGAUGGACAUGGGAAUGAGCAUGGCGAUGAAGAUGAAUUGGAAGUCAACACCGAGAGGUUUUGAGCCUCAAAUUCAGAAAAAGAUAUCCAAGAAGCCUUAUGAAUAUAUAUGCAAGACUUGUAACAAAACAUUCCCAACAUUUCAAGCAUUGGGAGGUCAUAGAUCCAGCCAUAACAAAGAUCAGAAUACCAAAGCUGUGGAACCGUCGAUUGCCAUACAACAGAAAAAGGAUGACACUGAUCCCACUAUCAAAGUUGAAGAAACAAGGGAAUUUGGAGAACAUGCAUCUUUGCACAUAUGCAACCUAUGCUACAAAAGUUUCCCAACGGGCCAAGCUCUUGGUGGUCAUAAGAAGCGACACUGGGCGGCAGCACAAUCAGCAGAUGCUGCUCUUACAUUUGUACAAUCGCCAUUGACGGAAGAAGCAACUGAUCAGGCUGGUCGCAAAGUGCUGGACUUCGAUACGAAUAAACCCAAUGUGGAAGAGGAUAAAAGAAAUCCUUAA